UAAGAAAGAAAAGAGGAAGUUGGGAAGAUGAGUGUUGACCGUUAGGCAAUAAAGAGAGAAAAGGGAGGGAAAGUGUGAAAUGACGACCAUACCCUUUCCCAUUCCCAUACCCACACCCUUCUCUACCGCCAUUAUGUCGACUCCUCCGAGUUGUGUGAUCUACACGCUCUUCCACACUCACCCCACGCGCUCAAUUCUCGCCCCUUAAUACCCCUCACUUCAUUCUAGGGUUUGCAUUCCCUUUUCAUCCUAAUCGAUCCACUACACCAAUCAGCCAAGGUAAACAACAUGUUGCAGCUUCUCUACGCCGUCAUUUUCGCCCAAAUGUUCGUCAUUGUUUCCUUCCUCUUCAAAACUCCGGCCAGGAAGCUAGUCAUCGUCACAUUGGAUCGGGUCAAGCGCGGCCGCGGCCCCGUCGUCGUUAAGACCGUCGCCGCCACGCUCCUCGUGGUGCUCGCUUCCUCGCUCUACAGCAUCGCCAAGAUCCAGCGUCGGAGCCUCGACUCUCCCGUUGUUAACCCCACCGACCAAGUCCUCGUCUCUAAGCACACGCUCGAAGCUUCUCUUAUGGGGUUUGUGCUGUUCCUGGCUCUGAUUAUCGACAGAUUGCACCAUUACAUCAGAGAGCUUCGGUUGCUGAGGAAGGCCAUGGAAGCUGCUAAGAAACAGAGUCGAAGUUUUGAGGACGGUAAAAGUGUGAGCGCAGCUGAGCACAAGGCUUUGGUGGAAGAAAUUUCGACAUUGAAGCCGCAAAUUGAGAAGCUGGAAUCUGAGUGUGAAGUAAAAGCAAGCAAAGCUAAGGCCUUGGAAGCUGAGGUGGAGGCUCUUAGAAAGCAAUCUGAGGGGUUUCUUAUGGAAUAUGACCGUCUCUUAGCAGACAAUCAGAAUCUUCGUAGUCAGUUGCAGGCUAUUGACCACAGUUCUUCCCAUGCUGUUAACAAAAAGAGCACGUGAAGUUUCAAAUAUGCCAAAUCAAUUUUCUGAUUUCAUUCAGUUGUUUCUGCUUGAGUGGUGCGUGUUUUCAUUAGAUAAAUAGGUCACAAUAGAAAGAGGAGAAGGGUGUUAUUCUUAUUGAUUAUACUUACAACACCUUAUAUAUAUACGAACACUAUUAGGCCAUGUCUGCAGUAUAUGACGAGGACAAGAAAGUAGGAUGGCUGAUAGUGUAAAAAAUAUGAAAUGUUUGGUGUUAUUAACACGGGCUUAAUGUGGAUAGAAAUAUAAAUAUUAUAAAAUU